AUAUUUAUAAAUGCAUUGAAAAAGGGAACAAGUGAGACAAGUGAGAUUUGAUUAACUUCUCCCACUGCUCUUAAAGUGUGAAGAAGCAUUGGCUUCACGUGACAUCUUCGCUGUCAUGUCCGUGAUCGAGCUUCUUCAUCGAUGACAUUUACAACAACUGAUUCUAUCAUCACUUGUAAAAAAUAUCUUGAUUCCAUCAUGAUCUCUUCUUGUAUGUUCUUCUUGAUGUUUGCUUUCUUUUUUAUUUCUCUGGUGAGAUCAGACGAUGUAGAAGCUCUACUGAGUUUGAAAUCAUCCAUUGAUCCUUCAAACUCGAUUCCAUGGCGAGGAACAGAUCUUUGCAACUGGGAAGGAGUUAAGAAAUGUAUCAAUGGAAGAGUCUCAAAGCUUGUUCUUGAGAAUCUGAACCUCACUGGCUCACUCAACAACAAGAGCUUGAACCAAUUGGAUCAACUUAGAGUACUUAGUUUCAAAGGCAACUCUCUCUUUGGCUCAAUCCCUAACCUCUCCUGUUUGGUUAACCUCAAAUCUCUUUAUCUCAAUGAUAAUAACUUCUCCGGUGAGUUUCCUGAAUCACUCACGUCUCUGCACCGAUUGAAAACCGUUGUUCUUUCCGGAAAUCGGUUUUCGGGAAAGAUCCCUACCUCGUUGCUCCGUCUUUCCCGCCUUUACAUGCUUUACGUUGAAGACAAUCUCUUCUCUGGUUCCAUUCCUCCUCUUAACCAAGCAACUCUCAGAUUCUUUAAUGUCUCGAAUAAUCACCUCUCUGGCCAUAUCCCACUUACACAAGCUUUGAAUCGGUUCAAUGAGUCGUCGUUUACCAGUAACAUUGCUCUCUGCGGUGAUCAGAUUCAAAACUCAUGCAAUGACACCACCGGAAUCACUUCAACUCCAUCAGCAAAACCAGCAAUUCCCGUAGCCAAAACGCGUAACAGAAAAAAGCUCAUCGGAAUCAUUUCCGGAAGCAUUUGUGGCGGAAUUGUGAUACUUUUGCUGACAUUGCUUCUCAUAUGUCUGCUUUGGAGACGGAAACGAAUCAAAUCCAAAAGAGAAGAGAGGAGAAGCAAAGCCGUGGCAGAGUCAGAAGGAGCAAAGACGGCUGAAACAGAGGAAGGUAACAGUGACCACAAAAACAAAAGGUUCUCAUGGGAGAAAGAAAGUGAAGAAGGAUCAGUGGGGACUCUGGUUUUCUUGGGAAGAGACAUCUCGGUGAUGAAAUACACCAUGGAUGAUCUACUCAAAGCUUCAGCGGAAACGUUGGGAAGAGGAAUGUUAGGGAGCACUUACAAGGCGGUGAUGGAGUCUGGAUUCAUCAUCACUGUUAAGAGGCUUAAAGACACGGGGCUUCCUCGAAUUGAUGAAUUCAAGAGACACAUUGAGAUCCUUGGAAGGCUCACGCACCCUAAUCUUGUGCCUCUCAGAGCUUAUUUCCAAGCCAAAGAAGAGUGUUUGCUCGUCUACGAUUACUUCCCCAAUGGAAGUCUCUUCUCUCUUAUCCAUGGAAGUAAAGUUUCCGGGAGUGGGAAGCCUCUUCACUGGACAUCAUGUUUGAAAAUAGCAGAGGACUUGGCAAUGGGCCUGGUCUACAUUCAUCAGAAUCCUGGCUUAACGCAUGGGAACUUGAAAUCCUCCAAUGUUUUGUUAGGUCCGGACUUCGAGUCUUGCCUCACGGACUACGGUCUCAGCGAUCUCCAUGAUCCUUACUCGACUGAAGACACAAGUGCAGCCUCCCUCUUUUACAAAGCUCCUGAAUGCAGAGACUUACGGAAAGCCUCAACACAACCAGCUGAUGUUUAUAGCUUUGGAGUCCUCCUUCUAGAGCUUCUAACAGGUAGAACUUCAUUCAAGGACCUUGUUCAUAAAAACGGGUCAGAUAUCUCCACAUGGGUGCGUGCGGUGAGAGACGAAGAGACUGAAUUAAGUGAGGAGAUGAGUGCUUCUGAGGAGAAACUUCAGGCUCUUUUGAGCAUCGCGACAGCUUGCGUGGCUGUUAAGCCGGAAAAUCGUCCUGCGAUGAGAGAGGUAUUAAAAAUGGUGAAAGAUGCAAGGGCUGAAGCAGCACUGUUCUCAUUUAACAGCAGUGAUCAUUCGCCUGGGAGAUGGUCGGAUACGAUUCAGAGCUUGCCAAGGGAGGAUCAUAUGAGCAUAUGAUUCAAGUUGUUGCAGCCUUCUCCAUUGUUUUGAUUUUUGAAGUAGCUAGGGGUUCAUAAUCUUAUACUCUCUGGUGUACUAUAUGCUUCCUAAUUUGGAUAAUACCCACAAUCACAUUAUCACAAGGGGUUGCUUAACAAAA